GACUCUCUGAAAGUCUAGAUUAUGCGAUCGCGUACUGUCAGGAAAUCAUUGACGGCGCAUUCGACCAGCUGCGAAGCGUGUCGAAUUGCAAGGCGAAGGUGGGGCUUCUUAAGGACGUUCCUGGUUGAGAGUCUGCCUGAGAGCUGUUCGCGACAGGGUGCCGGUUGGCAACACGUUACGUCACACUCACUACGGCUUUGGGCCCUGUCACCAUGGGCGGAAAACAGGCGACAAGAUGGCAAACUUUCAGCAGGACGAAGAGAGAGGAAUUCGACAUGAAGAGUUCCCAAAGGCCUUACGUCACAUUUGAGAUCGGUCCUGGUAUUCUCGAAUCGCUGGUUGUGGAAAUCUGGUCUCACGACCAAGGUCAUCAUGACUGGUACAGACUGAGGCCUCUUAUGAGUCCCAUGCUCACACUUGGUUCUCACUUGGCUUGGUUGACGAAAACUCUCCGGACUCUCCCUCUGGUGGACUUUAUGAGUUCCAGAGGAACGUACGCACAUCGAAGACCAUGCGGAAGUAUACAAACGGAUGGACACUCAGCGAAGCCAUUGAGGAUGACGACGAGAAUAUUGACCUUCAUACCUGGCUUUCACGUCUCAGAGAAGGGUCUAUCGUUGGUGUGUAUCCCAACGCCAAAUACCACGAAUCCAUCAACAUCGUGUGGAAGGUCUCAAUACAUACCGAGUGUCGAACGCCCGUGACAGAAUCUUUGGAUAAUUCCAAUAUCGUCCUAGACUCUGGUCAAGGAGACGACGGAAAGAACCUGUCUCGGGGAGGUUUUCAUUCCAGUGAUCAGAAGGAGCUCGACGACGAGGAACAAAGCCGUAUCGCGGACGAAGCGAUGCAAGGCACUCCAUAAUAUUCAGAAGGCUGCGAGCAGACCACAGAUGACACGCGGUCCUCGAUUAGCCAGAUGAACGAUUGGAGGCAGUGCACCAAUCUUGGUGUAACACAUGUGCGUCGAUAUAGCGAGACUAAAGAAACGCCACUUCUUGGUGCUGGGAAUCAAUGUUUCCGCAGAGCCGUCGACCUCAUACCCGAAGGCCACCCCGACCAGGCGGAUGUCGCAUUCCUCCUUGGUGAUGGAUAU